CAGAGCCAGUUCUUGGCAAGCCAGCGGUGCGACUGGUUGCAUUAUUGUCCGUCCAUUUGGACCAUACAACUUUCCCCCAGGUCCCCAUGACCGUGUGGUAAAUUUUGCAACAUCAAGAUAGUAUGCAGUGUUCACAACGUGGAGCUGGUAAAAGGAAGUAACUCCUAAAUUGAUUUCAGGGCAGCGCUGGUUUCCAUGUAACGAGCAUGGUCGCUGAGGAAACCUCACAAUAUGGUGUGUACAGGAAGAAUGUGGCAAAUAGCUCCGAGGUUGCGGUUGGGAACACCAACGAGUUCCUGGCUAACAGCAGCACGCAGGCGCAGAAAACAACCAAGUCGCAAGACAGAAUAGAGUUGAAACGAGAGGUUGGACUUUUCAGCGCAGUCAACCUUAUCGUCGGGGCAAUGAUAGGAUCAGGCAUUUUCGUGUCCCCCACAAUGGCACUGCAGCAGACCGGUUCCGUGGGGCUCUGCCUUAUCGUCUGGGCGACGUGUGGAGCCAUCUCUUUAUUGGGAGCGUUGUGUUUCGCUGAACUGGGUCUCCUGGUACCACGCUCUGGAGCUGAGUACGUCUACUUCCAGGAGGCGUUUGGCAGCCUGCAUAAGUUCUGGGGCCCUCUGCCUAGCUUCCUCUGCUCGUGGGUGUACGUCGUCGUCCUGCGACCGGCUGAAGUGGCCGUCAUCAUAAUGGCUUUCGCGCAAUAUGUCUGCCAGCCGUUUGAAAUGUACAUUGGAGACAUUGAGGACGAUUCUAAAGAGUUGGCCAAGAAACUUAUCGCUAUUCUGGCAUUGGCCCUGCUGACGUAUAUAAACUUCGCGAGUGUGAAGCUGUUUGUCCGUGUUCAGAACGUGUUCACGAUUAGCAAGUUGUUGGCCUGUCUAAUCAUCGUAAUUGGAGGACUAUACAAACUGUGUGCUGGACAGACAGAAAACAUAUCAGGAGGGUUUAAAGGCUCAAAUAUCUCCGCCCAAAACUUGGCUCUUGCUUUUUACUACGCUCUGUGGCCAUUUGACGGCUGGUCAACAGUCACAAUUGUAACAGAGGAGGUUAAAAAACCAGAAGUAAACAUUCUGCGGAGCAUCGUAAUUGCUGUUCCCUUGGUAACCGUGACGUAUUUCAUGAUGAACGUAGCCUACAUGACUGUCCUCACCAUCCCCGAGAUGACCACAUCAGCAGCAGUGGCUGUGACGUUUGCUGAUAAAGUACUUGGAGUAAUGAAUUUUAUUAUUCCCCUUGGAGUGGCGCUGUCAACUUUUGGGUGUGCGUUAAGCAUCCAAUUCGGUGUAACAAGGCUGUGUUACGUCGCUGGCAGAGGUGGUCACAUGAUAGAGGCUUUCUCGUACAUACACAUGAGACGCCUCACCCCUGCACCAGCCGUGUUAUUACAGGGCGUGCUGUCUUUUAUCUUCAUCAUUGCUGGAGAUAUCGCAUCUCUCAUUGACUUUGCCAGUUUCCUUAUUUGGAUCUUCUAUGGAAUCGCAAUGGUGGCUCUCUUAGUCAUGAGAAAGACAAAGAAAGAUGCAGAAAGGUCGUACAAGGUUCCGCUAGUUUUUCCGAUAUUCAUAAUCUUUGUGUCUCUGUUCCUGUGUCUGGUACCAAUAAUCACUGACCCAUCUCCAAGAUACUUCAUUGCCGUCAUUCUAAUUGCACUUGGGAUCGCAGUGUACAUUCCAUUAAUUUUCUACAAGGUUCGUCCUCAGUGGAUGGACAAGUUCACAUACUUCAUACAAGUUCUAAUGGAAGUAGUACCGACAGAACAACACCCAGAUUAGUUUAUACCCACAGAAGAAUAAUAUGAAUGUCCUCAAAGUAGAUCGAAUAUUUUCACCAAAAUUAGCAGCAGUAUUCUGCUUUAGUAUUAGAUAGCCUCAUACUGAUAUUAAUCUGUGUGAACCUACGGUCAUCUUGGUGGCAUAUUAAUGCAUUAAAAUCUUCGUGAAGUAAAUUUUAAAAUUAUGUGCGUUUCGAUUAUAUUAAUAUAUGCCGGUAUGCACAUAAUAUUUUCUAUACGUAAUGAUAUAAAAAUAUUUUAAAGUUAAAUGAAAUAUAAAUACCAAAUAAAUCGACUAAUUUAAUUUAUGCACUCAGACAUCAGUAAUGCAAAGAGAAAGUAAAAUAUAUUAAAAUACAAUAUUUUUAGAGGUUCUGUGAAAUGUGAGUUUAGUGUAAAGAUAUUCUAAAUUAUGCGAGACAGUUUUGCAAAGAGGAAAAUAUGCCUAUAAUUUUUUAAUAUUUUUUUUUACAAAUUUAUAUUACAAUCAAUUUAAUAAUCUUGACAUUAUUAAUCUUCACGUAUUUUACAAUAAAAUAAAAUAAUUUCGAUAACCGGUGAUUGAGUACAAGGACCCUAAUUUGUAACAGACCUUUAUGAUUGGAACAAAAUAUCAUAUAUAUUUCCAGAUGUGUAUAAUGUUUUCUGUGUUUGUAAUAUUGUGUGUCCUUGUUUCUGUAUUUGGUGUUCACCAUCAUUAUCAAUCCAUUACCAAGACAAUCGAUUUUCCUUCUCCCAACCCGUAAGACAGCAGCUCAAAACCGCUUUUUAGUCGAAGCUCCUUGCAAAAGAUUGGGGCCUCCAAACCUACAAAUUGAAUUAAAAUGCGAAGUUAUUUUCAGAAAACAAUUGAUAACGAACCUUAAUGAUAUCAAUAUCAGUUAAAUGGUUGGCACAACUGCUUCAUAUUCAGGAGGUGUCUGGUAAAAACCUCGGUCCGGCGACCGGCAAUGCUAAAUGUGGUGAUUUUCCUCAGUCCCUCUGCUCAAAUGCUGGAAUAGUAGUUUAAAUUAGGCCACGAUUGCUUCUUUCCACAUCCUUUCCAAUUCAUUCGUCGUUUAUUUUCCGACGCUAUGUAGUCUGCGCUACUUGCAUUGUCGUUAAACAAACAUCAAAUAAAUAAAUGUGUGUAAAAUAA